AUGUUGAAGCUGAUGACUGAUGAUUUACGUUGUAGAAUGUCGGUGCGCAAUAAGUGAUUUUACUAAUUGAUAUUUGACCGAUGGCAUAAUUUCUAUUGUCUCAUUCUCUGUCUGUCUCGAGCGUCUGCGAAACUUCGAGACCGAAUGUUCUCUGGCCUUUUCGUCUGUCCGUCUGCGCCUCCUCACCGCCCACAGCUCGGCCCGUUUCUUUUCAAUAUUGCAUCACGGGCGGUUCGCGAGAGGCGGCCGCGUUUUCCUUCUCCUAUGGUCUUUUUCGUUUAGUUUCCCUGGCACUCUUAAAGUUAAAUAUUUUUCAGGGUUCAUCAUGGCCGAUAUUCCUGCUGGAGAUUAUGAGAAGGGAAAGAAGGUGUACAAGCAGAGAUGCUUGCAAUGCCACGUCGUUGACUCGACCGCCACCAAGACCGGGCCAACCCUCCACGGAGUCAUUGGACGUACCUCGGGAACCGUCGCUGGAUUCGACUACUCUGCUGCCAACAAGAGCAAGGUAAACUUAAAAAAAAGACACAAACAUGUCAACGUUUGUCUUUCUUCAGGGAGUCGUCUGGACUCGCGAAACCCUUUUCGAGUACUUGCUCAACCCAAAGAAGUACAUCCCAGGAACCAAGAUGGUGUUCGCUGGACUCAAGAAGGCCGACGAGCGCGCUGACCUGAUCAAGUACAUCGAGGUCGAAAGCACGAAGCCACUCGCCUAA